AUGGUGGUUAUGAGCUCUUUAACUGUGGAGGGAGGAGGGAGAGGGAUAUACACAAAAGAUCAGAGGCUUCACCAUGUUCAGAAGGACAGAUCCGCCAUUCCAUCAACAAGAGGAGUAGACAACCACCAUAACAUUCCAAGACAAAACUUUGACAAUUGGGGUGCAAACGGAGGAGGAGGUGGUGGUGGUGGAGAAGAUGGAACAGCGGAUAUUAAGCCUAUGUUUUCUGCUUUUGUGAUGAGCCUCAUCGUUGAAUCAAUGUCAAGCCAACCGAUUCUUCCAAUUCGAAUCGCUUCUCCACCGAAGGAGAAGACGGCGGAGGAAUCCAGUGUUGUCACAUCCUGA